AUGAUCACGAACCACCAGAGACCAGCAUGCAGUACAGGCGGAGCAACAUCGGGCGGCGUGUCAGGUCGGGACGCUGAGUUGAUAUUAAGAACACACAAUAAAUUCAGGGCACACGUGGCGUCAGGGCUCGAGAUGAAAGGCACCGCUGGUCCUCAACCACCUGCAGCAAACAUGAUGCAGCUGGUGUGGGAUGACGAGCUCGCCGCGCUGGCGCAGCGUCACGCCGACCAGUGCAGCUCCCAGCACGACUGCAACCACUGCCGCGCACUUGAUCGGUUCGCUGUGGGACAGAAUCUUCACCAGAGCGACUCGACUGGAGGUGGAAAGGAGGCAGACUGGACGAAAGUAAUCACGAGCUGGUAUGAGGAAGUCAGGGACUUCGACAACACUUUUAUUGAUCCAUUCACUUUCACGCACUCGACUGGGCACUACACACAAAUGGUGUGGGCAACCACGACUCACGUUGGUUGCGGCUACAGAUAUUUCCAAGAUGGCUCCAGGCAUAAGAAAUUAUACACGUGCAACUACGGCCCCGCGGGGAACAUUAUUGCCAACCCGAUGUACACGAUCGCGCGCGCGUGUUCGAAGUGUCCUCGUGGGUCUCGGUGUUCUGCUGUUUACUCGGGACUCUGUUCCGUUGCUGCAAAUGAUGGGAAAGGAAUUAAAUAUGAAGAUUAUUCCACACAAGGAUCGUCAUCUAGCCUCCAAGAGAUUGUGUCCAAAUCAUCUUUGAAUGAUGUGAUUGGUGGAUUAGUAAACUGGCAAAUUAUGAAACCCCUUCCUGAUCAAUUAAUGCGGUUCGCGGAGAAAACGAAUAACUGGAAUUUUGGGAAAUAUCCUUGGAGCAAAAAGGAGACAGAACUUGAACCUGAAGAUUCUAUUCCUUUGAUCAUGAUGGAAGAGCAGCCUGUUCUGAUUUCAUCCUGGUAUGUGAGACCUGCGGUAAAUCAUAAGUCUGACAAUAAAAAUGUUAUCCAAAGUGCAGAUUUUUUCAGCCACGAGUUUGAAGCGCAAAAAUUCCAGCUGCCACCGACCCCCGACAUCGAAGAAAUCGAACCGAGUUCCUGGCACUCAACAAAAAAUUGGGACCAAAACGAUGAAGCCCAGUUCUGGGAUCAACAUGAGCAUACAAGUCUCCAUGAGAACGAUCCCCUUGCCUCGGAAGACACGUUGGAAAUAGCCUACAGCAACAUUUUCUCUGACUAUGAUAAUUUAGAGGAGCCAGUUUCAUCCUUUCCCUCAGAUCGGUACGGAGUGCAUUCGUUCGGUGUAGCAGAACAGCAGGUUCCAACUCCUGACAGUUAUUAUGACCGAGCGUUCUAUUCGUCAGAAGAAAGCGAGUAUUGAAAUAGAUUUUCGUCGGCUCAUCCCGAUAGAUAUAGCAAAUACUUGGAAUUAGUACAUUUAAAGUUGAUUCAUUAGCACAUACAAUAUGAGCUUAUAAUU